UGCAGAAUAUGAGAGCAGCUCACGGAAGGACACAACACCGGAAGUUGUCCCCGAGUUUCCUGCUGUCGAGAGCUCACAGUGAAAUGCAUCGUUUAAUGGAGAACGCCACGUGCACUUUGUUCUUGUCGUGAAAGACGUCCUCGUGUUUCCUGUCAGGAUGAAGCAGGAAUAUGAGGAUCUGAUCCUCCGGGCCACGUCGGCGCAGCGUCUGCGUGUGGGCUGUAAGAUCCAGACUCUGUGGAGCGGUUACGGUCAGAUCGUACGUGUUCACCUGCAGGGCUGUGAGCGCUCCUCAAUCAUUGUCAAACACGUCAUGUUUCCUAAAAAGUUCCAGGACACCGACGUCUCUCACCACCGCAAGGUUCGGUCCUAUCAGGUGGAAACACACUGGUACAAAAACUACAGCACCAACGAGCGCUGCCGUAUCCCAGAAUGCCUUGCAGCACAGUCCUUUGGUGAGGAGCAGCUGAUGGUGCUGGAGGAUCUGGACGCAGCCGGCUUUCCAGACAGGAAGACGAGUGUCAGGGACGAUGAGAUUAAAGCCUGUCUGCGUUGGCUCGCUAACUUCCACGGGCUUUUCCUCGGAGUCCCUGCACACGGUCUGUGGCCUGUGGGGACGUACUGGCACUUAGAGACGCGUCCUGAUGAGCUGGAGGUCAUGACGGACCUGAAGCUGAAAGCAGCUGCUCCAGAGAUCGAUGCCGUCCUGAACAGCUGCCGCUUUAAAACCAUCUUACAUGGAGACGCUAAACUGGCUAACUUCUGCUUCUCCAAAGAUGGCUCCCGUGUGGCUGCUGUGGACUUCCAGUAUGUGGGCGGUGGCUGCGGCAUGAAGGAUGUCAUCUACUUCCUGGGGAGCUGCCUGGAUGAGCGCGAGUGUGAGAAAAGAGCUCUUGAUUAUCUGGAUUUUUAUUUUUCUGAGCUGAAAGGUGCAAUGUCGGAGAAGGAGAACUUCUCUGAGCUGGAGGAUGAGUGGAGACCCAUGUUCACCUUUGCAUGGACCGAUUUUCACCGCUUCCUCCUCGGCUGGAUGCCUGGACAUCACAAGAUAAACCGCUACAGCAAACGGCUCACGCAGGAAGUGCUGAAGAAACUGGCAGAGAGCUCAGACCGAGCAAAGCGCUAACUCCCAUCGGACUCACAUCGGACUCACAUCAGACUAUCCAAAGUCUUUUUACUGAUCAUGUGCUGAUUAUUACACUGCAUGUUCUGAUUGGCUGAGAGUCAGGGUGAGGGGUGUGGUCUACACUGCACCUUUACAUCAAACAGCUCUUUGAUAAUAAACACAUUAUUAAAUAAAGCGAUUGAUGGACUUUUCACAUCUUUAGAUAAAAAACAUCCCUGUAGGUUGAGUUCUCACUAAACCUGCACUAAAUACUCACUAAAAGGAGCGUGGCGGUGAGCUCUCACAUGGUGAGAUGUUGAUGUUGAGGUGCACUGAUGACAGAUGAGGACUCUUCAGGGUUCUCCGUCAGCGUGGGUUCUCUUCUGACUCACUGUUUCAUCCUCAUGUCGUCUCGGUCAUGCUUUUUUCUUGCCCCCGGACUGAGAUCUGCAUCCUGUGUUCUGUAAAGCUGCUUUGUGAUGAUGUCACAUACAUUCAGGAAAUAAAGGUUAAAAGAAGUGGGUGUGGCCUUUUCA